CCUGAAAAAAAAAUAAUAAGGCUGAAAAAAGAAGACACAAAAAAAAAUCUAAAAAUAAAAUCACAAUUUAAGAAAACAAUUAAAGAAAACAGGUUGGAAGGAGGAAAAGAAUUAAGAGAGGCAAACAAAAAAAUAAAAAUAAAAAAUAAAAAACCUCCUCUCUUCCUCUUUACCUCUCCUCCCAUUUUUUUUUUAUUUCUCCAUAAAUUAAUUAUUUUCUUUGAUUUUAUUCGAGCCAUGGCAUUUGAAGAAUUUAGCCAACUAUCAAAACGUAGAAGAGAAGAACGAGCACAAAAGUACAAGAAAAAAAUAUUGCUAGCGGUUUUAUGUACAUUUAUUUCUCUCCUAUGUAUUGCUAUUGGAGUUUUUUCAUUCUUAUAUUUUACCGAUAAACAAAUUAAAAGCGAUAAAAAUAAUAAUGUUUUUCCUCCAUCUUCUAAAAAAGAACACGUAAAAACUUCGAGUAAAAUAAUAGAAAUAAUAUGUGAACCUACGGAUUAUAAGAAAAAAUGUGAAGAUACGUUAACAAAAGUUGUACGUACGGAUGUUUCAAAACCUUCAAUUGAUCCUAGAGCUAUUAUUAAGGCCACUAUCUCUGCUGCUAUGGAUGAGGUUUUUAAGGCCAUAAAUAUGACCCACAAAUUCAAGUUUGACAAGCCUCAGGAUAAGGCUGCCUUUGAUGUUUGUAAGAAACUUUUUCAGGAUUCAACAGAAGAAUUGGCACAAUCAAUGAAACAAGUAGAAGAAGAAGCUAAAAGCAAUCACAUAAAGAUUAAUGAUCUAAAAACAUGGUUAAGUGCAGUUUACUCGUAUCAAGAAACAUGUAUUGAUGCAUUUGAUAAAGGGAAUAUGAAGAACCAAAUGAAGGGUGUAUUGAGUUCUACUGAGGAGUAUAUUAGUAAUUCCCUUGCUCUUGUUUCCCAAAUCUUUUCUGCCGUUGAGAAGUUUAAAGGAAAGCGUAACCUAUUGGCAACGGUUGAUAGCCAUGGGUUUCCUGAAUGGAUGAGCCAUGAACAACGCAAGCUCAUUGUCAAAUAUACGACUAACUUAACCCCCGAUCUCACGGUGGCUAAAGAUGGAAGUGGAAAUUAUACUUCUAUUAAUGAUUGUUUAAACUCAUUGCCACAAAAUCGUACAAAAAGAAUCAAUAUUUUCGUCAAAGAAGGAAUCUACAAUGAGUAUGUAACUAUAACCAAGAAGAUGGUGAAUAUAACCAUGUUCGGAGAUGGGUCACAAAAGACCAUGAUUUCUGGCAGCAAAAAUUUUGUAGAUGGAGUUCGAACUUUUGAAACUGCUACUUUUGCUGUGCUGGGAGAAGGAUUUGUAGGAAUAGCAUUGGGAUUUCGCAACACAGCAGGACCAGAAAAACACCAAGCAGUAGCCCUUCGCGUGCAAGCAGAUCGUUCAAUUUUCCUAAACUGUCGUAUGGAAGCAUACCAAGACACACUCUACGCUCAAACACACAGACAAUUCUACCGCGGUUGUUACAUCACAGGAACAAUAGAUUUCAUAUUUGGUGACGCAGCAGCCAUUUUCCAAAGUUGUCUACUUAUGGUAAGAAAACCAAUGGAGAACCAACAAAACAUAGUAACUGCCCAAGGGCGAGCUGAUAAACACGAAAACACAGGGAUCGUACUUCAUAACUGUCGAAUCUUUCCCGAUAAAGAGCUUGAUCCUGUGAAGGAAAAGUUCAAAACAUAUCUAGGAAGACCUUGGAAAGAAUACUCUAGGACAAUCAUUAUGGAAAGCACAAUAGGAGAAUUUAUAGCACCGGAAGGAUGGAUGCCAUGGGAAGGGAGCUUCGCUCUUAGUACAUUGUAUUAUGUAGAAUUUAACAAUCAUGGUCCGGGAGCAGACACAUCAAAGCGUGUCAAAUGGGCUGGUUAUAAUAACUCGAUAAGUAGACAAGAAGCACAUAGUUAUACAGUUACACCAUUUUUACAAGGUAGUUGGAUUCGAGAAAACUCUAAUGUGCAAGUUCAUUUUGGGUUAUACAAUUGAACCAAGCUUCAUGAACUAUAAGGACAUUUCAUUUCAUUUAUGUUAUGUUUGAUUUUAUUCAAGAGUAAUUGUAGAUAUAAUUUGAAUAUCUCUUUUUUCUUGUUAAUUUGGUACUAACAAUUAA